UCUUGCGUUGCAGUCAGCUGCGGUCAGCUGUUCACAUUUUGCGCUCACGUUUGUUGUUACGAUGGCUGCGGGUUGUUGUGGUACCAAAAAGCAAAAACUGAACAAUUCGACCGUGACGGUGUCGUCGUGCAAUGGUACCUCGCCAGCCCCGACCAGCGGAAUGAUAAACAGCUGCGUGGUGACGACGGGUGGUGGAAUGGUGGCCUUGCCCGAGAUGUGUUUCUUUUGUUUCGACGUGCUCUAUUGUCACCUGUAUAAUCUGGCGCCGCCGAAAACGCCGUCGUUUAGCAACGACGCAUAUCCCCUGUUUGUGACGUGGAAAAUCGGCAAGGACAAGCGUUUGCGCGGCUGCAUCGGCACGUUCAACGCGAUGAAUCUGCAGUCCGGACUCAGGGAGUACGCCAUCACCAGCGCGUUCAAGGACUCCCGGUUCAGCCCCAUAACGCGCGACGAGUUUCCUAAGCUGAGCGUCUCGGUGUCGAUACUGAGACACUUCGAAGAUGGCGACGACUACCUCGACUGGGAGGUAGGCAUACAUGGCAUAAGGAUCGAGUUCGUCAAUGAAAAGGGCAACAAGAGAACCGCCACUUAUCUACCCGAAGUGGCUUCGGAACAAGGUUGGGACCGCCUCCAGACGAUAGACUCUCUUCUGCGCAAGGGGGGCUAUAAAUCGGCGAUCUCAGGCGACGUCCGUCGCACAAUCAAAUUGACCCGUUACCAGAGCGAGAAAAUAACCGUGACCUACCAAGACUACAUGAACCACUGGAACAACCAGCGAUGCUAGCAGAUAGGGUGGGGGCAACCGGCCGUGCCGGUGCCCCCACAGAAUCAUUCGACUCACCUUCACCCAUUUUCCCAUACGGUGCAUCGUCUGCCGUCCGCUUUCGUGGUCGUGCAGCCUCAGCCGCCACCCGUGCCACUGCCACCUCCGUUGUUCGGUUCGCACACGACAUCCUCUUACGUGUUGCCCGCCCCCGUAUGGUGGCCCGCCCACCACCGUUGUACCGCCGGCGUCGACUACUCGACGCUGUCGCCCAUCGUCACCGACCCGCCAUUUUACGGUACCACCACCACUCACAACACACAAUAUUUCGCUAAAUACAAGUGACCCAUGCGGUGCCUUAUGUGGUUAUGUUAUUGUUCCAAGCGAUAGGUUCUCUAUCGGUUCUUCGGGAGAUCUCGGCUAUCCGCGGCGUCGGCUUCGGGUGUUUUCGCAUUUCCCCGCCCCCGAAUCGGAUAAUCGUUAGAUAAAUCGCGAUAUUACACAUAAUACUUCCGGAAUGCUGAUAGAGAGAAAAAAACACCGUGUAUGAAAGGUACAGUAAAAAAGCCAGACAUGGCACUUUAGUAAGUAAAUGCCAUUUUAAUGUUCAAAAUGAAAUAUUUUUAUUCUAAAUUUAGAAUUAAUUCAAAUGUGUGCAGUAGUCACGUGACAGCAAAAUCUCAUGAUUAUUGUACUAAAGCUUAAAAAAAAAAACUUCUAACCAAUUUUUUUCACGUCACAUUCAUUUUUAUAACAAAUAAUGUUUCGCGUCACACCCCAAAGCCUUAGGUUUUUGUCACACCCCAAAUAAGACUAUUAACAGUGAAAUGGAAAAUGACAAAAUUGUUUUCCUCCUAGAGAAUCGCAAAAAAUUUCCAGUCCUGCAAUGUCGUGUUCAAAGUAGGAAUUUAAUGGCACCUAUAACUAAAUUUUUGAAUAAAAAGUAACACCAACUUGCUACAACGGGGCUCGGGGGGCGCAGCACACCCUCCAAGCAUCGGAGGCGGAGCGAGGGCAAUUGUUUUGAGGUUAUGUUCGUCUGAACUCUCUUUAUGCAUCUGGUUUAUAAUAACUGAGCAUUUUAGGGAUCAGGGGUAAUCAAAGAAACUUUCAGUCAUACUAAAAUUGUCAGAAAUUAUGAAUAUUCCCUGGGAUUUCCCGUUAAUAUUGAUAAUAACCAAACAUUUUAUGGGAAUAACGCGUAAUACCUGGGCAUUUGGUCAUUAACCAAAACUCUUUUAGGGUCGAUACUGGAAAAAGCAAUUUAACCCAUAAAAAUCAAUUAAUUUAAUAAAACGCGUCUUUUUAACAAAUUGAUUUUACCUUGGCUAAUAGUGCGUGUAGUGUAGUUCUUCCCCUUAGCAUUUUAAUUCUUAAUCAGCAGUUACCGCCAUUAUUAUGACAAACAGUGCGAGCACUCAAACCUAACCUAUAUUUGACACGUGCUCAACAUUCACAAAUUUGUAGAUAUCAAUAUUAAUAGAAUAUCUUAGAUGAUAUCCGCGCUGGAGCCAAAUAAACGAAAAAUCCCACUUGAGUAAUGCAGUGCAGCAAAGCUCAUAAAAAAUUACAGAAAAAAAUCGUGAAGAGAUUUCACUCAACUCGUUCGGUAAAAAAUCCAAUUUCUUGGGUUGGUGUACUUCUUGUUUAAAAUAUUUUAAUAUUUUUCCAAAUAUGAGGUUCAAAUGUUGAAAACCUACAAAACUAUGAGCUCCUUCCCUGUGAGUGUACUUGUGUAUUCUUUAUACCAGCAUUCUAGGAGCACUAAAUCUAAAGAUAAAAAAAAGCGACGCCAUUUUCUUAUUCUUUUUCGAUUUCGACCGGGUUACGGACCACUUGCCAAUUUCCUCGCGAUUUUUUCGUUUUUUUUUUUUAUGUCGACAUUGGAUUUGUUCGAAAUUUUACUCGAAUCAUACGAUCAACCUUAAUUUAAUCCGUUAAAAAAUUCCCGCGCAACUUCGAAAGUGUGACGUAUGCUGUAGGAUUUCCGUUACUUCAUUAUGUCCAUGAAAUCUCGGUCAAAAAUCCGAAUGCAAAAUUAUUCGAAUACAAAAAAUUGGUAGAAUAUUUCAAAAGGUCGAAAGUAUUUUUUUCAUUACAAUUUCUCUGCUUAGUCGUAACAAGAAAUGUAAAAAAAUGGCCACAAACAUUUUAUGUUUAGAAUAUCACCGAAAUUUCGGCCAACCACUUAUCACUAUGAACAAGUUGCCACUAAAAGAAGUUUCUUUUGGAAAAGCUUAGUAGAUAAAGCGAUCUUACUAACCUAGUAGUACCUAAAAUUAAUUAAAAGAAACUACCGGAAAAUUGGAAGCAUUUGAACUGUGGUUAUACCGAAGAAUAUUAAAAAUAUCUUGGACACAAAGAGUGACCAAGAAGUGCUGCUAACAAUGAAUAAAAGGAGCGGAAUUGAUAGACAGCAUAAAAUGUCUACAAGAAAUCCUUCAAAGCAAAAUCAACAAGAAAAGUCAUAAUCGAAACAGAAUGUGGUUCUGCAAGACAUAAUAAAAAUAGUCGUGUAGAUAUAUUAUGAUAAUAUUAUAUAAUAUUAUCGCCUCUAUCACUUUCACUUUUUAUUUUUUAUUAAUCCAUCUAAAAAUGUCCUCCGUAUUCUGUUUUCUAAACAACGUUCUAGCAUGGAACUCUCUGUACCUUUCAACAUCUUCCUAAGCUUCUUCACUCAGCUGUCCAAUCGAACUCGUGAAUUAUUAUUACAUGAUUUCAGAGCUAAAAAGACAGACUUUUUUGAAAAUCUCUGCGUUUACCCCAAAGCCAGAUAUGAUGGUUUGCAAAAUAUUCCGUUCUCUAACUCUCAGGUCAUAUUGCCAUCAGAUCUAGGCCUUCAAAUUUUAAAAAUAAAUAAAUACCAAAUUCUGUUUUUAUUUUUAUUUUGGGCUACUUUUUCAUGGUUUUCUUUAAUUUUAUUUCUUAGUAAGUUUACUUAAAUACCACAAAAUGAAAUAUUUUUGAUGAAUUUGUCUCCAAAUCAUGAAAAUGUUCUUAUAUAUUGUUUACGCAUCUUCUCUUCUGUUGAUAAAUCGAAUUUGCCGACGUUUCGUCUAGCAUCGUGUUGGCUUCUUCGGAGCUUAACUUAAAACUGGCUAAAGGUACCUUAAUCUCAUCGCCACCCGCUGCCUCAAAUCAAAUCGCAGGAUUUUUUUAUUUAACCUUUCGUAGGAUUCAUCGAAUAAACGGAGCUAAUGAAAUGAAAAGCAUCUUUUUCUAUUCUAGAUAGUAGUCCAGUCAAAUUAGUCCUUAAAAUGGAAGUAAGGCCACAAAAAUUCCCAUAGAGCUAAAAAGUAGAUCAUCAGAUUCUCUACACUUUUUGUCGUUGUCAUUUUGGUGAUAUAGUGGUUCAAAGAAUUGAAUAAAUUAUUUUAUUCCUAAUAUGCGCGUUAAUGUACUUUUAUGUAAAUUUUUGAACGUCAAAAAGGCCUCAUGACCUUGAACACAGUCAUUCUUCCGUUCAAUUGUUUCAAAGGUUUCAAAAAGUUUACCUUCUUUGAUAAACCCUAGUACUUACUUUUUGCAAAAAAAAAACUCUGGUGUAUCAUUUUUAGAAGCAGGAAGAAGAAUAUGAAGACCUGAAGUUUCUUUUCGUCAGUUUUAAUACUCCAUUUGAACUUCAUAAAAUACUGUUAAAUUCAAUAGGAUCACACAUUUAAAAAUAGCGCCAAAUUCUUUGAACCGCCAUAUCACGGAAAUGUGGUGUAAAGAAAUUUUUUGUAGAGAAUCGGACAAUCUACAACUUUUCUUUGAACUUUUGUUGCUACAAAACUCAGCUUUUAGCGGAAAAACGCGAAAAACCUAUUUUUCAACAUAAAAACUUUUGCACAGGUAGGAUUUACUUGUCCCUAGGGAAGGGGUCGAUUGCAGUUUUUAAAAUCACGCCACUUACAGCAAAUGUCGACAUGUAUUUCUGAAUAAAACUGCGCUAAUGGACUUUGCCCGAAACCUCUGAUUUUUGGCCGGGAUUUCCCCGAAAUUCGUACAGUAGUCGCAUUAAAUGGACGAUCAUUGUUCGUGAAGCGCUUAAAAAUAACACUGAGGAUCGUCGGUCUCAUAAUUUCACUAACGUAGGUGAGAGAAAAAGACUAAUUUUAGUUUUUCUUCUUUGGGGGAGGGGGUCGCGACGCAAAUUACCCGCGCCGACGCUCAGGUUCGUCGAGAGAGGCGUCGAAAAGAUUCCAGCCACCGUUUUCGCUAUUGUUUCGAACAGUAAAUAACUCGUAAGACAGCUUCGGAUCCGACUCGAACCUCGUACGCAAAACGAAUCGAUUCACAAAUGGAAGGCGAACGCGAAAUCUACCUCCGACACUGCCAAAAACGAACCGAAAGAGAAACGUCUGAAUUAUUGUGCAACAUCAAAAAUAAAGAAAAAAAAAACGCGAAUUUUUCACUUCAUUUGUGGAUCGCCUGGUUGGGCGGUGGGGGAGGGGGGUUGUCGAUUUUCGAAUCGUGAUUAAACGAUUAGUUGCCUAAGAUGUAUACACUUUUUUUACCGUUAACAUUGUCGUCCGCGCACGCGCAGCACUCCACGCGCCAUCUGUGAUAUGGUAAAUAGAUGUACAUAUGCUAUCCGAGUAGGGGAAGAACAAAAAUUAGCCUGAACCGGUGCUGCGCGCGUUCACAAAGAACCGAAGGACGAAAGCGGCCACGACCGUGUAAAAUUUCAAAGUUUACUUAACUCCCAUUUGCGUAUUAUAACCACGUUACGUUCGUGAUAGGACUUACUAAUUUUCGACCUUUCGGAGCCGUGUAUUCAUUUUGUUUUGGUUCUUGAUUAAAUGCCGUUUGAAAAUUGCUUACCUGUGUUUUAUUUUCGCCAAUUCCCACAUCUCUUUUCGAUACCGAACUCUAAUGUCACUAAACUGAAUUUGAGUCGGCUUUGGCCGAAUGACAGCAGUCACGGACCACGGUAUCAACUUUCUCGACCGCAUUCACGAUCAAUUCGGUACCGGCUUAAGAUAGCUAAAGGCACACACGGAUUGAUACAUUGACCUUUUCUGAGUAAAACAUCCCAAGUUUUAAAAUAAUUAGAUAUCGUGUGACAUGGGUGCUACGUAAAUUUUGAAAGUUUUCUUAACUUCAUUUGCGUAUUACAUUACCACUAAAUUAUGUUUAUUGACUGACUUUUAGAUGCCGUGUAUUCAUUUUCCUUUGUACUUGUUUAA